CUCACCAGGGUUGCUAAUCUUCCUCCUGAACUUUAGCUCAGCGGCUGGAAGUGAAGUCACGGGGUGUGGGUAGCGCCGGAGUGCUGAGAAGAUGACUUCCUCAGGUGCCCCAGGGGCCCGCAUGACAUCCACUGUCAGUAUCAACAUUUCUACUCCAUCCUUUUACAACCCGCAGAAGAAGUUUGCACCUGUGGUUGCCCCAAAACCCAAGGUGAACCCCUUCAAGACUGGGGGUGUAUCAGAGUCAUCAUUGCCACAGCCUCCUGGAGCUGGUGCCCAGCGUGCUCAGAUAGGGAAAGUGGGGGAAAUUCCAUCAGCUUCUACAUACAUGCUGGCAGAAGAGCUGCCACUGCCGCCGCCGCCUCCUCCAGGAGAUGAUGCAAGUCUUUCCUCGAACACUGCAUUUCCCCCGCCCCCACCGCCUUUUGAAGAGCCUUUUCCUCCAGCUCCAGAAGAUGUCUUUCCUUCUCCUCCUCCACCAAUGUUUGAUGAAGGACCUAUGAGCAAAGUACCUGCCCCACAGGUACGUGACAAGAUGAGCAGCAUUGAUCUUGAGUUUUCCUCACUGUCCGUAAUGUUGGAUGACAUGGAGAAGAAUGAUCCCUUCAAAUCCCGGGUAUCUCCAGGAUCCACAGGUUCUCUGGAGAAACAGUCUGCCCCAAAAGACCUGGUGGAAAUUUCAUCUGCACCCAAAGAUCCUCCUCGUUCCUUUCCACCCAAGUUCACUCCAAAGCCAAGUGGAAGCUUAUCUUCCAAGCCUCUUGAAGUGGAUGCGAUUCCUGCCCCAGCCCCAUGGGCAGCCCCACAGCAGCACAGAGAGCCCCCAGCACCAAUCCCUUCCCCCUCUUCUCUCCCUCCUUCUCAGCCUACCGCUAAAUACACCCCACCUCCUGUUGCUGGAUCUCCUAAGUCUGGGUCCAAGCCAGGUGCCAGCAUUCCCAUGACUCUGUCAAACUCUGUAAGAAAUCCUACCUCCCUUCAGACUCAGUUCACAGGUUCUUCCUCACGGUCACAGCCUCCCAAUUUCUCCUAUGCCCAGCAGCGGGAAAGACCCCAAGUACAGGAGAAGCCACGUCCUGCAGAACAGCCUGUUACUGCAAAAGACAUGCGUAGACCCACGGGUUCCAAUGCAGAUCCCCCUAGGGGAAAUUCUUCUCUGACCAUGAAGGAGGUAGAAGAGCUGGAGAUGUUGACUCAAAAACUAAUGAAGGAUAUGGAGCACCCACCUCCAGCAGAAACCACUACUUCUGAGCUCUGUGGCUUCUGCCGGAAGCCCCUAUCAAGAACCCAGCCAGCUGUGAGAGCCCUGGACUGCCUUUUCCAUGUGGAGUGCUUCACCUGCUUCAAAUGUGAGAAGCAGCUGCAGGGGCAGCAGUUUUACAAUGUGGAUGAGAAGCCUUUCUGCGAGGACUGCUAUGCUGGGACCUUGGAAAAGUGCAGUGUCUGCAAACAGACCAUCACAGACCGUAUGCUGAAAGCCACCGGUAACUCAUACCAUCCUCAGUGCUUCACUUGUGUGAUGUGCCACACCCCUCUUGAGGGGGCCUCUUUUAUUGUGGACCAGGCCAACCAGCCUCAUUGUGUGGAUGACUACCACAGGAAAUAUGCUCCACGCUGCUCAGUCUGUAGUGAGCCUAUCAUGCCAGAGCCUGGAAAGGAUGAGACAGUGCGUGUGGUGGCACUAGAGAAAAAUUUCCACAUGAAAUGUUACAAGUGUGAGGACUGUGGGAGGCCGUUGUCCAUUGAAGCAGACGAGAAUGGCUGUUUUCCACUGGAUGGGCAUGUACUGUGUAUGAAAUGUCACACUGCUCGUGCCAAAACAACACGCUGAGGCGCUUGGAGUGGGCAGAGCCAUUAAACCCCUCCACCCAAUGUUCUUCCCCCUCCCCACCACUGUCAUGCCCCUCUGCCUGGCAAGGGAGAUGCCUACCUUAUGGAGACCCUGCCAUUGCAGUACUUUCCUCAUGUAGGAUUCUCAUAGACUUCAGUCUGUGCACUUGCCAAGGAAGCACACUUACUCCAGUCUCUACCUUCCUGGCCACAGUGUAUUCCAAGCUGGGGACUGAGUG